ACGAAACCUAGGACAAGAGAAAGAAAUACUUACCGUAGUACAGUAAGUCCAUUGGAUGGAGAGGCCCACUCCAAGUCUCCAAUCCCCUAUAAAAAAAAGUCCAUUUUCAGUGGGAAUUGGGCUGCACGACGGAGACUGAUCUGAAUGGCUAUUGGCUAGUCAAUCUUUCUUGGCGUGUCGUAACCGUCAGCAGCAGUAGUGGUAGUGUGUUUCAAAACCGAUACGCAUCUCACCAUUCUCACCUCCCUAUCGUCUGCGAGAGAGAGAGAGAGAGAGAGAGAGAGAGAGUUAUCACGAUGAAUUUGUUCAGGUUGGCUGGGGACAUGACACACCUCCUCAGCAUAAUAGUCCUCCUCCUCAAGAUCCGCACCAUGAAAUCUUGCGCAGGAAUCUCUUUGAAGACUCAAGAACUCUAUAUUGUAGUCUUUGCCACUCGCUACCUUGAUUUGUUUACGAGACACGUCUCAUACUACAACACUAUAAUGAAGCUGGUCUUCCUUGGAACUUCAGUUGCUAUUGUCUGGUACAUGAGGUACCAUAAAGUAGUGAAACAAACAUACCAGAAGGAUGAAGACACUUUCAAACACUAUUUUCUUAUUCCUCCCUGCUUUGUGCUGGCUCUUAUGGUUCAUCAUGCUUUUAAUGUGAUUGAGGUUCUCUGGUCAUUUUCACUAUAUCUUGAAGCGGUAGCAAUCUUGCCACAGUUGGUGCUGUUGCAGCGGUCAAGAAACAUUGACAAUUUGACUGGCAAAUAUGUCUUUCUUCUUGGUGCUUACCGGGCAUUGUAUUUGAUCAACUGGAUUUAUCGUUUCUUCAUGGAGAAACACCAAGUCCGCUGGAUACCUUGGUUAUCUGGCUUGGUUCAGACUGCUCUUUAUGCAGAUUUCUUCUACUACUACAUAAAGAGCUUGAAUAAGCCCAGGAAGCCGCUUCCUGUUUGACGCAAAGCUUUCUACCUUCCGCAAUAGGCUAACUGAAUUUGUUACAGUGGAAUACUAGAAACUUUAACAGAAAUGUUAUGGCAGAUGAGAACAUGCUUACGUGGAGAGGCAAGAAAAAUUUCUCGUAUCCAAACCCCUUAAGCAACCUGACACUGGAAUUGGAUGCUGUACAUUUGAAGAAUGGACAUUUGUAGUGUUUGUGUUAUGAUGGUCGGAUUUUGCAUUA